AUGCAAAAAGUCCAAAAUCGAGCCAUUGAGGCUAAUUCUAUGUUAGAGACAUUAGGAUGGAUGACUAUAAAACAAAGGAUGAUUUAUAAUUGUUGUAUGCUCAUUUAUAAGAUCCUUAUAAACGAAGAACCUAAAUACUUAUUUAAUCAUAUCAUAUCAGAAGAAGCAAUGACAAAUAUAAUUACAACACUAGAAAUGAGCUUUCAAUUGACAUUUCACAUACAAGAACACAUGCGGCUGAAAAUUGACAAAUCAGAUGCUUUUAAAUUAGACUUUUUGAUCAGGGAAUCAUAUUCAAAUAGAUAA